UUACAUAUGAUCACCAACCUACCACUAUGUUUCCCCUCCGAUCCACCCUACAAAUACGCCUACAUCCUCCUAAACAUUCAAAUCGUACCAACAGAAAAUGUCGUCAGCAAGCUCCACCUUUGCCAAAAACCCUGGAGGAGUCAUCAAAUGCAAAGCUGCGGUGGCAUCGGGGGCAGGGGAAGCAAUGGUGAUUGAAGAGGUGGAAGUCAACCCACCGCAACCGUCGGAAAUACGGAUCAAGGUUGUUUCCACCUCCCUUUGUCGCAGCGAUGUCACCGCUUGGCUCUCUCAGGCACAACCUCGACUAUUUCCUAGAAUAUUUGGGCAUGAAGCAUCAGGGAUUGUGGAGAGUGUGGGAGAAGGAGUAACUGAAUUUGCAGAAGGUGACCAUGUUCUGACAUUGUUCAUUGGAGAAUGCAUGGAUUGCAAACAAUGUGUUUCUGGAAAAAGCAACAUUUGCCAAAAACUAGGGUUAGAAAGAAAAGGUGUAAUGCAUAGUGAUCAAAAAACUCGGUUUUUUGUCAAAGGGAAGCCCAUUUAUCACUAUUGUGCUGUUUCUAGUUUUAGUGAAUAUACAGUUGUUAAUUCUGGAUGUGCUGUAAAAAUCACCAAAACUGCCCCUCUAGAAAAAGUUUGCCUCCUCAGUUGUGGAACAGCAGCAGGUUUGGGUGCAGCUUGGAAUGUUGCUGAUGUUUGUAAAGGAUCAACAGUUGCCAUUUUUGGUUUGGGAACUGUAGGGUUAUCUGUUGCACAAGGUGCUAAAAUAAGGGGCGCAUCUAGGAUAAUUGGGGUGGACACUAAUCCUGAAAAGAAAGAGAAAGCAAAAGCUUUUGGAGUAACAGAUUUCAUCAACCCAAAUGACAUUGAUGAGACAGUUCAACAGGCUAUCAAGCGACUUACAGAUGGUGGUGUAGACUAUUCAUUUGAAUGCAUUGGAGACACUGAGAUGAUAAAUACAGCUUUGCAUUCUUGCUGUGAUGGGUGGGGUGUGACAGUUACCCUUGGGGUUCCUAAGACAAACCCAGAUGUAGCAUGUCACUACGGAUUAUUUCUUACUGGAAGAACACUAAAAGGGUCUCUUUUUGGAGGAUGGAAACCAAAAUCAGAUAUUCCCACUUUAAUCGACAUGUAUUUAAAGGAGGAAAUCAAGAUUGAUGACCUCAUCACGCAUAAUUUUCCAUUCAAAGACAUAAAUAAAGCAUUCGAUUUAAUGGUUGCAGGAAAGUGUUUGCGUUGUGUCAUUCACAUGCCAAACGAAUGAACACAAGCACCUUACCUUUGGGUUUUACUUUUUUGUUGUCUCUUUGCAAAAUUUGCGCCAUAAGUUUUCGUUUAUUGAUUGAAAUCUGUUUGUAGAAAUUAUAGUUGUUUGGGUUGAUCUUUUUAAUUGGUAAAAUUAGUUGGUUAAAUCAAACACCGUAGGUCCUUAUGUUUGACUUCGUUAGAAUGUCUGAAUAAAUUGACCAAAUACCUCCCA